AUGGCCGACGAAGCAGGGGAAGUAAACACAGCUGUUGAGGAUGGCGAAGCCGAACUGCAGCGAGACGAGCCUGAAGUUUCGGAACCCGCCACCGUCGGUGACGCCGGCGGCAGCGACGAGCCGGAGCGGACGGAGAAGAGUCCUCAGCCGGCGGCAGAGACCGGCUGGUCGGCUCCGCUCCUGUCUCUGGCUCGGAAGGCCACGGAGACGAUUAGCAGCGGGGUGAGCUACGCCGCUGCCCCGAGGAACCUCUCGCAGGGGUCCGCUGCGAGCUACCCGGCGGAAAGAGAGCCUGAAAAUGAUCUCAACAGCACCUCGAAAAAGCUCCCAGUUCUGCCCCCCAAAGACCCCAUGUCAAUAGAGAGAUCCAACCUCCUCAGCAUGAUGAAGCUGAGCAUCAAAGUAUUGAUCCAGUCCUCCAUGAGCCUGGGCAGGACGCUGGACUCGGAGUACCCUCCCCUGCAGCAGUUCUUUGUCGUCCUGGAGCAUUGCCUCAAACACGGGCUGAAAGCCAAGAAAUCCUUCAUUGGUCAGAACAAGUCCAUAUGGGGUCCUCUGGAACUGGUUGAGAAGUUGUGUCCAGAGUCUGUCAACAUUACCACAAGUGCCAGAGAUCUGCCCGGCAUUAAGACUGGUGUGGGAAGAGCCCGGGCUUGGCUGCAUUUAGCGCUCAUGCAGAAGACCGUAGCUGACUAUCUGAAAGCUUUGCUGGACCGCAAAGAUCUCCUGAGUGAGUUUUAUGACUCUGGAGCAUUGAUGAUGGAGGAGGAGGGGGCCGUGAUGGGGGGCCUGCUGGUGGGCCUCAACGUAAUUGACGCUAACCUCUGUAUUAAAGGGGAGGAUCUUGAUUCUCAGGUUGGAGUCAUUGACUUCUCCCUUUAUCUGAAAGACCCUGCCAACAGUGAGACUCCAAAAGAUGAUUCCAAGAUGACAGCCAUAUUGGAUCAGAAGCACUACAUUGAGGAGUUGAAUCGUCACCUCAGUGGCACCGUCACAGACCUUCAGGCUAAGAUGGACUCUCUAGAGAAGACCAACAGCAAACUCGUAGAGGAGCUGACAGCAGCAACAGACCGAAUCAACUCCCUGCGGGAGGAACAUGAACAGCUGAGACAGGAGAAUGAGACAAUUAUGCAGUCCAGCCAGAAAAAGGAAGAGGCAGCCCUACAGGACAGUCAGGUGGAGCUGGAGACGUACAAACAGACCCGACAAGGCCUGGAUGAAAUGUACAAUGUUGUCUGGAAUCAAUACAGAGAGGAAAAGCGAAUUCGCCAGGAGCUGGAGCGUGAGCUGGAGAUCCAGGUGGGCCUGAAACAGGAGAUGGAGGUGGCCAUGAAGCUGCUGGAGAAGGACACGCAUGAGAAACAGGACACACUGGCAGCCCUACGACUCCAGCUCGACCAAGUCAAGACUCUUAACCUGCAGAUGUUCCACAAAGCUCAGGACUCGGAAAGAGAAGCAGAGAAAAAGCAGGCGAAGGCUGUGCAGCUGGAGCAGAAGAUGGAUGAAAUGGAGAAAGUCAUGAUGGAGCUAGAGGAGAGGCUACAGAAUUCAGAGCGAGAGCGCAAAGAAAGUGACCAGUCUGACAAAGAUAUGAAGGUGGAGCUGGAGGGAAAAGUGGAUGCUUUGCAGAAACAACUUACUGACCUGGAUACACUGAGGCUGGGUUUGGAGAGCGAGCUUCGCACUGAGAGGGAACAGAGACAGAGCCUGCAGAAGUCUCUGCAGCGGGAACAAGACAACAGCAUCGAGCUCCGCACACAGCUGCAGCAACUGCAGGGCCUGAACACGGAGCUGCAGGAGUUGAAGCAGGAGAAGCAGCAGCUGCAGCAGAGAUGUGAGCAGCAGGAACAGGCUCUACAGGAGAUGGGACUUCAUCUCAGCCAGUCUAAACUCAAGAUGGAGGACUUCAAGGAGGUCAACAAAGCUCUAAAGGGCCAUGCCUGGCUGAAGGAUGAUGAGGCCACUAGUUGUAAACAAUGCCAGAAGGAGUUCUCUAUUGCACGCAGAAAGCACCACUGUAGAAACUGUGGAGACAUCUACUGCAACAGUUGUUCUAGUAACGAGCUGGCCUUGCCCUCGUACCCUCGGCCUGUGCGGGUGUGCGACAUGUGCCACUCCCUCCUGCUGCAGAGAAGCUCCUCCACGACUUCCUGACACGACACCUUCAAGUUUUUACUAAGAGCUUUCUAACACUGCACAUACUCAUCCACUAUGAUUUUAACGACCGUGUUACUACUUACGUUGACAGAAAAAUGUCAUCAAAUCGAAUGGAAAUGUGAUUUGGUGUUCCCUUUCCACUAUUACCUGAAAUUCAGGAGCAUUAGUUCAUGUGUAUUAAAGAAGGGGGCCACCUUUUAACACUGAUGGGAUGAGCUAAUAUGCACACUGUACGUUAAGGAGACUUGACUUUGCAUAGAGGUCAAUAGAGUGUAGAAUAUUUAUGUGAUCAAAAUUUCUUUAGACACUUGAUAAACUGAGAACUUCAGGGUGAGUAAUUAACCUAAUUCAAACCAUGGAUGUAUAUUUUGUUCAGGUCCUUCCACAGUUAAUGUGGGUUUACAGCUGUCGUUGAGGAUCAUUUGUGUAGCUGGUUUGCAUGAUCUGAUGUCACCGUGUUCAUGUUGUUCUUGCAUCGUUUUCAACAUUGCUCCAGGACCAUUACUGCAACUGACUGAUCAUGUUUUGUGACAUCAAAACACUGUAACCCGGGAAAGAGACGGAAAAUAUCCACAGGGGAGAAGUUAGCCUAACAUGUGGUUAAUGUUGUGAAAGGUGUUGUUUAAAAUCACACUAUCACUUAUUCCCCAAAAACUAACCAAGCAUUUUUGUUGCAUAAACUAAGCAAACUGCAACAGACAGCUGAAGUGUAAAGGUUAGGUGUUAAGGGAUUCGGGGAUAUAGUGGCACACUUUGAAUACCAUAUUUGGGAUUUUUUUUCCUUAGUGUAUAAUCACCUAAAACUAGGAAUCAUGUUUCCAUUGCCUGAGAAUUUGCUUAUUCUAUCUCUAUCCUUGCACGUUUCCACAGCAGCCCUGAACAGACAAACCAAACACUGACUAGAAAGGGUUUUUUGCAGCCUUUUAGCAGCCACAAAAGGGGGAAUGCGAUGAGGGGUGUUCAGUCUUUGGCCAACCGCAACCUUACUGCUAGAUGCCACUGAAUCCUACACAGUGCAUCUUUCAGAGAACUCUGACAAUUAUUCUACAGAGCAUAAACACACUAAGUCCAUAUAACAGUUAGUUCAAUGGGGGGUUUUUGGUGUUUUUGAUCAAUUGCAGAAAGUUCGUGGAGCAACAUUAAUUAUGUAUAUGCAAAAUGUAAACCUACAUAGCUAUAACAAAUGGACCAAGCUAAUUCAGAGACUGCUUGUACUUCACUUUGAUAUUGGUCAACAUUUCAUGGAUCUAUUCUGUAACAAUACUUACAACUCUGGCCCCACUGCUGGAUACAUGCAGACAUAUUGUGUAAAUGACUGUAGAAUGUUAACAAAUCUAACUAUUUUAGAAUGUAUUAUACGAGCAGGGUUUUUGUGGAUUGUGUUAACUGCUUCAAAGCCAUUUUCUUAAUUUGGGAAUGGUGACCAAACAUUUUUUAUCUAGAUAUUUGAUAAAUGAAUAAAGCCUCCCUUUUUGCAAUCUUG